UGUCAUUAUUAGUAAUUAACCCGACGUUUAAAUAAGAUAUGCGUCUCUUGUUUGUUUUUGUGUGUAUAUAUUCACACGGACGCCACCACCUUUUUCCCAUCGUCUUUCUUCACCUGUUAUUCGAUUUGAUUUGAUUUGAAAAGAAUUCAUUCAAUUCCUUUACAAAAAAAAGGGGAAAAAAUGAGUAACAGUGAUGAAUUUGGAGAGAGCCUGAAUGAGAAGGGGGAUCCACCGUCCGGCCCGAUGAAACAGAGAUUCAAAGUUCGAUCGGAGAAAGUAGCGAAAACGAAGGAGAUAUUGUCUAAACAAGCUGUUCAAACGAAGAAGAUGCUGUCGAAACAUGCUGUGAAGAUCGCCAAACGUGCUGAAGAACACGAGCGAUUUAUCAACAAGGUGACGCAUCUUUUGGGGGUUCUUGGUUUUGGAGGGUUUUGCUUUCUCUUGGGAGCGAGGCCACAAGAUAUUCCUUAUGUGUAUUGUUUCUUCUAUGUCAUCUUUGUUCCUCUUCGGUGGAUAUAUUACCGCUUUAAGAAAUGGCAUUACUAUCUUCUGGAUUUCUGCUAUUAUGCAAACACAAUCUUCUUGUUUGACCUUAUUCUUUAUCCAAAAAAUGAAAAGCUUUUCAUGGUUUGCUUCUCAUUUGCUGAGGGGCCAUUAGCAUGGGCACUCAUUGUUUGGCGUUGUAGCCUGGUUUUUAGUUCUGUCGACAAAAUUAUUAGUGUCCUUAUACAUCUUUUGCCCGGAAUAGUUUUUUUUACAAUUCGAUGGUGGAAUCCAGCAACCUUUGAAGCCAUGCAACCUGAAGGAACAUCUAGUAGAAUUUCAUGGCCUUACGUAGAAGACCAGUCAUUCCUUUGGACUUGGCUGUUUGGGGUACCCUUAGCUGCUUAUACCCUAUGGCAAGUUCUUUAUUUCCUCAUAGUUCACGUGCUGCGUCGGCAGAGGCUGUUAAGAGAUCCUGAAGUCAUGACAUCUUACAGGGAACUUUCGAAAAAGGCCAAGAAAGCAAACAACAUAUGGUGGCGUUUAAACGGGUUGCUCGGGGAUCAAAACCGUUUCUUGAUGUACAUUCUAUUUCAAGCCAUUUUUACCGUGGCAACCAUGGCACUCACUGUCCCCAUCUUCCUAUCAUACAAAUGCCAUACGAUUUUCCAAAUACUCAAGGUAUCUGCUUCAGUAUGGAAUGGAGGAAGCUUCCUGUUAGAAGUAAUGCCUAAACAGGUGAUCGUGAAAGAGAAAAAGAAAUCCGAGAUUCAAAUGCAGCCAGCACUACAAAAUGAUCAACCUUCGGAUUUAAUGGUGACAGCGAACAAUUCGUCUGAGAUACACCACCAGCCUUGAAAGCUGUAAAAUCCACGACGAAUUAGUAACUGUUGAUUGUAUGAGGCAAAGCGCAAGAGUUGUUGGUUCUCUUAGAGAGUCCGAACCAGUAGUCUUGAUUUAAGAAUUUAUAGUGUUUUUUUUAUAUAUAAGAUAUAAAAUCUGAAUUUUGUAGAA